AUUGCAUUGUAACGCAUUACAAAACUCACAUGCACAGCAUAGACAUAUCUUCCCUGCGUGGAGCCCCGUUCUCUUAUAGUCAUAGAUAAGUUGGGUUUGUCCACACUCCUACAGUUGGUCUGUUCCGAGGCAAUGUAUCAGUGACUUCGUUAACUGUGUCCGAGAAUUCACGGUUCAAUAAUGAGAUAGGUCUUGAUAUGAAUGUAUUUAUUCACUCUGGUGGUACUGAAGGAAACAACAAGCACCAGAAAUAGAAAUAUUCCGGUCAAAGGAAAACGAUUACAAAGUGCAGUGAGUAAGGAUGAAUAACACAGUAGUCAAGGGAAAACAACACGAUGUUGAUGGUGUUGUGACAGAAGACGUUCAAAUAGCGGACAAUCUGGAGGAAGAAGAAGGAGAAACAGAUGAAAAUGAUGAGGAAGGCGGAAAUGUUACAUUGGGGGCAGCAACUUUUUCAAAAGUCGUGCUUGAGACUGGCCAGCGUCAGAACUCUCACAGUAUCCAUGAUGCAUUAAAAACGCUGACGCAUCAUAUUGCCACACAAGGCUCAUCUACCUGCCAGGAUUCCAGCAUGGCAUUGAUGCCUUCACAAUCAAAUACACAGGAGAUGGACACAAACUGGGUGCCUGAGACAGCACCAUCAUCUGGUGCUGCUUCAACAAUUCAGUAUAACGUUCUCCAAGUCCAACAGCACAUUGGAGAAAUGACGGUGAAGGGCGGCAGGAAUCUGACCAUCGGAGGGACUCAAAACAUCGGUAAAUCGCAGCCCUGUCCCCAGGAGGAGGAGGAGGAGGAGAAACCGCUGACUACAGUACAGAAGAUCAGGAAACGAACAGAAUCAAGGAUACAGUCAUGGACCCAAGGUAUGGUUAAGACACAGGCACAUAAGGAGGUGAUGGAGAAGAUUGACAGAGGAGCAACAUGGGUGACAAUAAAGGGAAGACCAGGAGAGGGGAAGUCUACAGUGGCCUACAUGGCCCUCAGAGAUCUGCACAGCCAAGGGAGACAAGUAUACCAAGUUGUGUCUCCAGAAGAGUUCAAUGAGGUAACCAGGACUUGUACCAACCCAGUGAUUAUGAUGGAUGAUAUAUUUGGUGAUCUGGAAUUUGACGUUGCAGAGUGGACCAAGUGGAGACCCUCUCUUCGUCCCAUUCUUGAUUUGCAAAAUCCUGACUUGGAGCUAACUUUAAAUGGUUCAACUGACAUCAAUCCAGAGCAAAAUCGAAAGAAACAAUCUUUAUUUAUUCUUGUGGGACGUGAUUAUGUACUAAAAUCCUCUUUACCAGACCUUGGAAGAGCGAGGGAAUAUGUUACAAGCAGUAAACAUCUAGUCGAACUCUCACCAACCACAGAUCAUAUAGAAAAACUGAAUAUUUUGAAAUCAAUUUUUCAAAUGGAAGGUGUUGACAUUGAGAAAAAAGUCAUUUUUAAAUUAAGUCACAUCGCGUGUCCACAUGGGUUUCCACAUGUCUGUAGGCUAUUUGCCACAGCCUUUAAACAGAAUGACAAGGUAUCAGCAAAGGAGUUUUUCGUGAGUCCUCUUGAAUUUCUAAACCAAACGUUGCAGAAAUUAAUAAACAAUAAAUCAAAGUGUCAACUCCUGAAGGCAAUGAUCCAAGGAGAUGGGAAAGUGUCUCAGUCUGAAUUGUAUAAAGACAAAUACAAGAUGCAUGACUGUGUAUCAUCUGCCAAUGAGCUUGUUGGGUCAUAUCUGAAGCUGGAAGAUGGUACAUACAUGUUUGACCAUCCAUCAAUCUAUGACAGUGUUGCAUUUCUUCUGACUGAAAAAGAUCCAGUAUUUGUCAUUGAGAAUUCUAGUCUCUCAUUCAUCAACCAGCGACUUAGACAUGGGACUGUUGAAACCCAAGGUUUGGUUGCAGAAAUCCCACCUUUCUGCAUUGACAACUUGGUGCAGAGAUUUGCCUUGGCGAUUCAGCGGGGCAACCUGGCAUAUGUAAUCUCACAUCAAAUCUGUUGUGAUCCAGACUUCAUUGAUAAACUGAUGAACAUACUGAAAGAACAAUAUCAAAUAUCUGUAAAUACAUUUCUGAGGAAGACUGAUGAAGAAACACUAGAAUCCUGUUUGGAGUUGCUGCCAAGCAACAAAUGUUCAACCAUGGUGAAAUACAUACUGGAGAAGGGAAACAUUACACUGCAUCAGACGGAGAUAGAUGAGAUCUUAUUUGGUGUGUACAAACAUGCUGCAGGUGAUGUGCUGACAUAUCUGACAAAACAUUUAAAACUGGACAUCAAUGCUACAUACAGACACCGUGAGCAGACCCCGCUGAUGAUAGCAACUGAGACUGGAGAUUGUAACUUUGUACACCAGAUACUUCGCCUUCUUCCUGAUCUGAAUGCAUCUGACAGCUAUGACAGAACUGUGCUGCAUUACCUGUGUGAACAUGGUCUUGUGUCAGCUGUGGAGUAUGUCAUUGACAAGGGUGUAGAUAUUGAUGUACCAGAUCAGAUGGGUCAAUCUUCACUUUUUCUAGCGUGUUUGUCUGGUCACAAGGGCCUAGUGAAACUGUUACUCGAUAGAGGAGCAGUAGGUUAUGUGGAUAACUAUCAUAAGUCUCCUCUACUUGCGGCUUGUCUCAAUGGCAAGGAAGAAGUUGUAAAACUGGUGCUGGAUAGAACUGAUGUUAAUUGUGAAUUGAAGGAUAGGUCUCUGGGUUGGGCAUGUGCUUGCGGCAUUGAGGGAAUAGUAAAAGCUUUGUUGGAGGGAGGAGCAAAUAUUGCUGGUCGGGAUAUCCAUUUUAAGCCUCUGUAUCAAGCAUGUACACAUGGACAUGCAAACAUUGUUAAGACUUUACUUGUGGCAGGAGCAGAACUUAGUGGCGAUGAAGUGUGUGCUGCAUGUAAAAGUGGGAAUCUGGAUGUUGUUGAGAUGCUGUUUGAUAAAGGAGCCUCAGUCAAUAUGAUAUCGAAGGAUGGACAACUCCCUCUUCAUGCAGCAUGCGAAAGUGGAAAGAUGGAUGUCGUGAGAGUUGUGACGGGGAAAGGAGCAAAUGUCAGCAUGGUGGCUCCAAAUGGAAAUACUACACUGCACUCAGCGUGUAAGGGAGGAAGCCAAGAGGUUGUUCUAUUUUUACUUGAAAAGCUUUAUACGUCUCACGAAGAAGACGAAAGAGAAGUUGGUGAAUCGGCUGAAGGUUUCAGAAAGCAGAAAGCUGACAAUAAUUCAAAUAUCAAGUCAAGAGACAACCCGGCAGCUGCAGCUAGAGUAAAUAUAGAGGAUAACACAGGAAACACAGCACUCCAUGUAGCAUCAAUCCAUGGAUCGAAAGAGUGUGUUGAUAUGUUACUGAAGGCUGGAGCUGAUGUGAAAGUACAAAACGAGACAGCCGACACUCCACUUCAUGAUGCAUCAAGGUGUGGAUCUGAAAAGUGUGUUGAUCUGUUACUGAAGGCUGGGGCUGAUGUAAAAGUACAAAACAACUCAAGCUACACAGCACUCCAUAGAGCAUCAAUCCAUGCAUCGAACGAGUGUGUUGACCUGUUACUGAAGGCUGGGGCUGAUGUACAGGCACAGAAUAGACGAGGCUUCACACCACUUCAUAUCGCAUCAAUGUUUGGAUCUCAAAAGUGUGUUGAUAUGUUAUUGAAGGCUGGAGCUGAUGUAAAAGUACAAAACGAGACAGGCGACACUCCACUUCAUACCGCAUUGAGGUAUGGAUCUCAGAAGUGUGUUGACCUGUUACUGAAGGCUGGAGCUGAUGUAAAAGUAAAAAACGAGACAGGCGACACACCACUUCAUAACGCAUCCAGGUAUGGAUCUGAAAAGUGUGUUGACCUGUUACUGAAGGCUGGAGCUGAUGUAAAAGUACAAAACGAGACAGGCGACACACCACUUCAUAACGCAUCAAUGUUUGGAUCUCAAAAGUGUGUUGAUCUGUUACUGAAGGCUGGGGCUGAUGUAAAAGUACAAAACGACUCAGGCUGCACAGCACUCCAUGCAGCAUCAAUGUGCGGAUCUCAAAAGAGUGUUUACCUGUUACUGAAGGCUGGGGCUGAUGUUAGAGUACAAAACAACUCAGGCUACACAGCACUCCAUGCAGCAUCAAUGUAUGGAUCUAAAGACUGUGUUGACCUGUUACUGAAGGCUGGGGCUGAUAUACAGGUACAGAAUAGAACAGGCGACACACCACUUCAUGUCGCAUCAAUGUGCAGAUCUCAAAAUUGUGUUGAUAUGUUACUGAAGGCUGGAGCUGAUGUUAAAGUACAAAACGAGACAGGCGACACUCCACUUCAUGAAGCAUCCAGGUGUGGAUCUGAAAAGUGUGUUGAUCUGUUACUGAAGGCUGGGGCUGAUGUAAAAGUACAAAACGAGACAGGCGACACUCCACUUCUUGAAGCAUCCAGGUGUGGAUCUGAAAAGUGUGUUGAUCUGAUACUGAAGGCUUGGGCUGAUGUAAAAGUACAAAACAAAUCAGGCUGCUCAGCACUCCAUGCAACAUCAAUGUGCGGAUCUGAAAAGUGUGUUGACCUGUUACUGAAGGCUGGGGCUGAUGUAAAAGUACAAAACGAGACAAGCGACACUCCACUUCAUGAAGCAUCCAGGUGUGGAUCUGAAAAGUGUGUUGAUCUGUAACUGGAGGCUGGGGCUGAUGUAAAAGUACA